AUGGAUCAGAAUCAUGCUCCACCCUCGCCUCUUCAGCAACAUCGACCAUCAUCAUCUCGUCAUGCCAACCAGGGAUCUACAAAUGCUCAAGCGUCAUCGUCGAUUGAUAACAAAUUGAAGAACCCCGUUGGACUACAUCGACAAGGUGGUGCUACAUGUGCUAGUCCCACUUCCGCUCAAGCCAGUCUUACCCCUUGGUCUGGGGCGCAAGAACCUUCUUCUUCGUCGUCAUCGAAUCCUAAUCAACCCUCAACGAUGGCCUGGUCUCAGGAAUCUGAGGAAGCAGCAGUUGAAAGGUGGCGGGCGCAAACUCAAUCUACUGCUGCGUCAUCCUCUACGUCCACUUCUACAUCAGGUACUAUGACAUGGGAUAAUAGAAAUACACAACCACUCGCUUCUUCAAGUAGAUGCCCUUCACCUCACCACAUCACGAUGGACAUGCCAUCAACUACCAAGGAGUCUCACUCCCCCCAACCAUUCCAAUCAUCCUCUUCCCUUCUCACCUCGGAACCACUAAACAGGACCUCUUCAGCCAACCCUUCUAAUUUCUUGCAUAUUCGUGAUCCACCACCUCCUAAACGUAAACGCAAUCGUGCGACUUCGUUACCAAAUGCAACUCCAGUGUUCAAACGAAGGAAAUCCAGACAUGAUACGCCUACACCCUCUGAAAUGUGGAAAAGAACAUAUGAGACUGGUCAGACUUCACCAACCAAGAUUCAACGACAGAAAGCCGCUGCAGCUGAAUUAGGUAGAGUUCUGCGAAGUAAUCGACAGAUAAAAAUCGGAACGCAAGAACAACAUUGUGUGGUCGCUUGUCGACAACCAGCUAUCAAUGUGAAUUCACUCAGAACAUUAGAUGCUACGGAGAUAUUGAAAAAUCCACAACUUCGACAUGAUCUUCUAUUCGAUAGUCUAGCUUUCAGACCUGUUAAUCUACCAUACGAAAUACCUACCAAACCAGCUUAUGCUGAAAUCCUCACUGGAGGCAAAACUCCAGUCGUAGAUCCCAGAGCAUCGAAUUUCGUUGCCGAUAUGUACUGGGAUAGUAUCUCAGAGGAGUUGACGACGGGAUGUAGAUGUGUUAGAUGGAGAAUGCCUAAAAAUCAGGAGUUCAAUCAUCAGUUGAUAGAGAAGUUGGAAAGAAUUCCUCAAUGUCUUUGUGGUAGAUGGCGAAGGGAUUUGACUGAAAGUGAAUGGUGGUCACGCAAUGCCGUUUGGCCAUCCAGAUUACCUGAAUUGAUAAGAACACUUCGAGAGAUCCUCGUCUCGCUCAUGGGUUCAACCACGCCUUGUCCCAAUCACUUUGCUCAUUCCUUCUCAAAAGAAGCUCUCGAAGCUCACGAAGCGGUCUGUCCGACUGUGACCCACGCCUUGGUUCCCGAGCUCUAUGCUGCUCUCGAUCCCGAAUUCCUCACAAUCCAAGCUAGACGGGGUGUCUUUGAUCUUCAGCUCUUUGCGAAGCUUGGUGAAGCCAUGAAAGUCCACUGUGCACCUGUAAGGGACGAGAUGGUGGAUGAUAUGGUUCGAACUGCUCUCUCGGGUGAUGUCGCUAAAGGUUUGAGGAAAUGUUUCGACUGUGCGGAAGUAAUGAAACUUGAUAUUGCCAAUCACCAAGUUCAUGCCCUUCGACCAUACCUUUGGGACAACGCCAAUCAAUACGAAUACAAUGCCUUCCAAGCCCUUCUUGCUCAAAAUAAGGUCACCCUCGAAACGUCAAGAACGAGACAAUGGAUCAACGCUGCUUCGAGACAGGUACUCUCUGCUGCGGAACCGAGAUUGAGGACUCACUUGAUUGGAAGAUGCGAUUGUAAGAAUAAUAUGGAACUUGUCAUUCGAUCUUUGACUUCAGGAUUUCUCGACCUCGUUUGUGGUCCAUGGGACCGAGAUAGGACUUCUUGGCCGCCUAUCGUCUCGAGAAGGGCAUUGGGAAGCAAUGGUAUUCCUGUACUUGACGGUCUCUCAAAGCCUUCUGUGGACGUGCCGGAGGCUUUCAAGAUGGAUUCCAGAAGGCUCAGAGAGUUCCAUGCCGAAGUCGUCGAUAUCGCAAUCUCACAUAUGAUCCUCCUCGCAUUCCGCAAUUACUUCAAUCAAUACAACGGCAAAGUCUCCGCUGAAGUCUUACGAUUGAAUCUCGACAAAGCUAGAAAAGAUAUCGAAUGGAUGAACGACAACUUCUCAGUGAUCGGUCCGACAUGCGGAUCAGAUGCUGACCUAGCAUUCCAAUUGGCCUCUCGAAUCGUUCGACCUGAAUUCCCUAACAGUUCAUCAGAAGGAACAGCGAGGGGUUUACCCAGUACGAAAGAGAUGAAACUGAUCUCAAGUCUGACCUCUACUUUCACCGAAUUCUUCGAAAUCAACUUUUCGAGGGAUUCCGAUUUGUUUGUAGGGAAUUUGAACCGAUUGAAGAAUUUCUUGAACAAGAUUCUAUCGGAUGUACUUUUGGGAUAUAGGUUAAAUCCUACUUCGACAUUCUUCGAUCCCAACGUUAAUAAAUGUCUUGAAAAGAAAUUCAACACCCCUACCAACAUUUCAACCACAGAUAUUAAUGAUGCAUCGGAAGUGGCAAAAGAUGAAGAUAACGAGAUUAAAUCCUAUCCGCGGGAGAUCAGGGAACGUUACGAACUAUUCUUAUCGAAAUGUAAACAAGAGGAAUCGGUUAUGAUCAAAUCAUUCGGAUUCGAAGGUGUGAUUGAACCUAUCAAAGAUUUGACUGAGAGGAUGAUCAAGAUUGUCGCUUUUAACCUAUCUGUCUUUGGGGAAAGUUACGCAUCGAAUGGGAUCUUAGUUGGAUCAGAUAGAAAAUAA